UUUGUUCAUAACACGGAACACGAAGGUUUACGUCAGUUGGACUCUCGACGCUUGUGGUCUGCUGUGUUUGUGUGUGCUUUUUUGGUGUUUUUUUUAUUUCUUGGACUUGGAUUUGGUCAAAGAUAACAAAAGAUAGCAAGAUAAGACUCCCCGAAGUUUCUCGAGGAAGGUCAACAUGGGUCACGGAGGAGGUCAUGGCUACGGGCGAGGGCGAGGGGGCAAAGGUGAAGGGUCGACGGCCGAGUUCCUGAUGAAGGUCAUCAUGCUGUUCAACCUUUUCUUUAUUUGUGCCUCAUCAUCUGCUUCGUGUUGGAGAUCGUCGGAGCUGCCUACAUGCUCGCCAACGGGAUCCGAUACUCCACCAUCGAGUACUGGCUCCGAGACCGCUUCUACCAGCUGAUCGACGUCUACAACCACGACGAGGCAUCCGCUAGGAUUAUGAACAUCGUGCAGGAGUGGGUCGGUUGCUGCGGCGCCAGGGGUCGGCCGAUUACGUGCGCUGGAACAAGGUCAUCCCCAAAACUUGCUAUGACCCCAUUACCGGAAAUGCCUGGUAAGUGA